AUGGAAAUGCUCCUCACAUUUCUAUACAUGUCUAUAACAAUGGCAGUCAACUUUGAUGUUCCUUGUAUGCUUGGGAUGCGUCUCGAAGCGCUUGAAAAUAUUGGUGUUCGUGGGGUAGUAGGGACACGUGCAGUUAAAUCUCUUCAGUGUUAUGCCGACUUACCACAUUAUGAAAAAGAUGUGUACGCAUACUCAACACAGUCUUACUGUUUAAUAUCACAAGCAUUAUACUUCCAGACUAUUACAAAUGAUUUGGUACCAAGGUGUGGUGCCUGUAUUGAAAUCACUGGCCCUUCUAUGAAACCAAUAACAUGUCAAUUAGUAGGGUCUUAUAUGGUACCAAAUGCGACAGACUUGACGAUGCAAUAUAGUAUUCCAAGAACAUUCUUUGCCGAUCGCAAGUUUGUUAGUGAUGUCGCAAUGAACCCGAGCACAGACGAUUCUUCUAUAGUCACACCAGUUAACGUGAGAAACGUCCAGUGCCCUUUUAAGACGUAUCCCGUACUGGAAGUGUAUAAAAAGAAUACCACACAUAUCACAUUUAAAGUGUACAACUUCAACUCCGUGAUCUAUAAAGCCAGAAUUAAUAAGAAAACUGAUUACGUCAUUAACAAAGACUCAUCAUUUGUCAUCCCAUUACCAGUCAACCCAGUUUUUGUGCAAAUCAUGUCAGUUCGAUUAAUGGUUGUUUCCUUCGGGUAUAUCACCGAUAAGAUCGGGAAGUAUUAUGGCAACACACAAACACCAAUGGACUCCGAUUGGGACAAGUGCCAAUUUACACCACAAAAUGUGGUGAUAUCUAACCACACGUCUAAUGACAAUUACUUCGAAUGGAUCACUUCAACAGUGCCUGGAAAUACAGUAGACACAGUAUAUCCAGAAACUAAAUUAAUUAACGACUCAAUCACUUUUAAUGAGACGGGAAAAGCAUAUUUGUCCUUUAGAUACCGAGUCCCCUUCAAAGAAGUGUUCUUUUUUUCAACACUGAAAAUCGUUUCCUCGAGCUCUUCUCAAUAUUCGUUUGAUGGAAUCGAUCUCUUUACUAUGGGAAAGGACAACCCAAAGUCCGCAGUCGUUAGUACUUGUGAUAAAUUGGUUUUUAAUAAAUCAGUGACACAAGUUGGAAACACAUAUGAAGGGAUAUUCGAAUUCUCUCUUAAGAUUUCUCGUUGUACUUCUUUCUUCAACACGUUUGUGAUUGGCUUCACCGGAGAACCAAAUGCUGUUCUUCAUUUUUCAUCAAUCACAUUUGAUGAGACUUCUUACAAGAACGGCCUCAAACUCUGUCCGCUUGGUGCUUAUCAAUGCAAACAAGUUGUUUGCAACCCAACAGAAUCAAGUCCGGAUGAUGGAGGUGUUGUUCAGUUUACAAAAGGGUGCACACCGUUCUGUGGUGUAUGUCCAAUGGGUCAAGUCUGUACGACGUCUGGUGUCUGUAUAGUUCGCGAGAAUAAAAACCAAAGGAGUUAUUCCCCACAGUAUACUGUGCUAUUCUAUCUUAUGCUUAUUACACUCUAUAUUCUUUAA